UUAUUUUCUUCCCCCCUUUCCUUUUUCUUUUUCUUUUUCCCCCCUCCCCCCCUUUCACCAUUUCCCCUCGGAGGCGCUUCCCCCGGGCAGGGGCAGAGCCGGUCUCACCCCCCGCCUCUCCCCGGCCCCCGCCGCCCUAUGGCGAGAGGGAGCCCCCUCCUCACCCGGGCACCAGCGGCGGCGGUUGGAGGAGCGGGACCGACGGUGUCGGCGGCGGCCUCAGGUCCGGGCUCAUCAUGGAACUAGUUCGCUGACUGACCCACCGACCGCAGCCGUGCGUCCCGCUCGAACGCCUGUGCCCGCGCCCUCCGGCCCGGUUCCCCCCCUCUUCUCCCUCCUCAGUCGGCCCGGUCCUCGUCCCGCGCGCCUGUCGCCGCGCGCUGCGGAAAAUGUGGUGGUAACGGGCCCGAAUGACCCCGCGUCACCACUGCGAGGCCUACAGCUCUGCCGGGGAGGAGGAAGAGGAGGAGAAGGAAGACAGUAAUGUUUCUCCAUCCCAGAGAGAUGAAGUAAUUCAGUGGUUGGCCAAACUCAAGUACCAGUUCAAUCUUUACCCAGAAACAUUUGCUCUGGCUAGCAGUCUUUUGGACAGGUUUUUAGCUACUGUAAAGGCUCACCCAAAAUAUUUGAGUUGUAUUGCAAUCAGCUGUUUUUUCCUAGCUGCCAAGACAGUUGAAGAGGAUGAGAAAAUCCCAGCACUGAAGGUAUUAGCAAGGGAUAGUUUCUGUGGCUGUUCUGCUUCUGAAAUUUUGAGAAUGGAGAGAAUUAUUCUGGAUAAGUUGAAUUGGGAUCUUCAUACAGCCACACCAUUGGAUUUUCUUCACAUUUUCCAUGCCAUUGUGGUGUCAACUAGGCCUCAGUUACUUUUCAGUUUGCCCAAAUUGAGCCCAUCUCAACAUUUGGCAGUCCUUACCAAGCAACUACUUUACUGUAUGGCCUGCAGCCAAUUUCUGCAGUUCAAAGGAUCCAUGCUUGCUCUGGCCAUGGUUAGUUUGGAAAUGGAGAAACUUAUUCCUGAUUGGCUUCCUCUUACAAUUGAACUGCUUCAGAAAGCACAGAUGGAUAGCUCCCAGUUGAUCCACUGUCGGGAGCUGGUGGCACAUCACCUUUCUACUCUGCAGUCUUCCCUGCCUCUAAAUUCCGUUUAUGUCUACCGUCCCCUCAAGCACACCCUGGUGACCUGUGACAAAGGAGUGUUCAGAUUACAUCCCUCCUCUGUCUCAGGCCCAGAUUUCGCCAAGGACAACAGCAAGCCAGAAGUGCUAGUCAAAGGUACUACCUUCUACCAUCAUCUCCCAGCUGCCAGUGGGUGCAAGCACACCUGUGCUAAACGCAAAGUAGAGGAAAUGGAAGUAGAUGACUUCUAUGAUGGAAUCAAACGGCUCUAUAAUGAAGAGAAUGCUUCAGAAAAUGUGGGUUCUGUGUGUGGCACUGAUUUGUCAAGACAAGAGGGACAUGCUUCCCCUUGUCCACCUCUCCAGCCUGUAUCUGUCAUGUAGUUUUCAACAAGUGUUAACCAUCCAGUGCAAGCUAAGGUUGACUGCUCUGAGAAUGAGAACAUACAAAACCAGAAAAGGCUAUAGAGGAAUAUACACUUUAUCAGGCUGAUUUGAAGUGAGCCAGUGAGAAAAAACAAAAAACCCCUAUUCAUUUGGUGGCUAGUUAUAACUCAACAUUAUUUAAUUUAAAGAUAUAUAUAAAACCAAAAGAUCCAAAAUAUUUUUCAAAAAAAUUUUUGUAGCCUAUCAGUUCCAUUCUUUUUUCUGCUAAAAUGUAACUUGCCCCGUCAAAAAUUCAUAAAGUUCCAAAAUUCGUUAUCAAACUUUGUUCCCAGAGUCCUGAUUUAACUUUCUGUUGCUUUUGCUUGCUUCUCCAGUGAAUACUUAAUGAAUUUUAUGCAUGUUGAUCUGUAUACUCUGACUUCCACUGAAUAGUUAACCCCAGAAAUUUUAUUUUAGUGAGACAGCCAUGUAAUCUAUGAUUCAAGUUCCAUUAGUCUGAAAAGAAUACUUUGGAAUUGUCCUAGGUGAAUCAGAGGUGGUAAUGGAAAAAGUUCUCAUUUACCAGAUUGAUUUUUGUCUCAUUUUUUUUAGACUAAAUACAAAAUUAGUUUUCAUUUUUGUUUAAAGAUGAUAUGUAAUUAGGACACUUACAUUUGUUGAAAGGAUUUUUGACAUUUGUAUAAAAGAAUUUGUGAUAAAGUUAAUAUAUCCAGGUGCUCACCAAAGAAACAUGUAUGUAACAUAUAAUUAGAAUUUUGUAACUGAUGUUUUCACUCAUUUUUAAUCAGUAGGAGAGACUGUCUAGAUAUGGGCAGCUCCAUGAUUUGAGUAUAUAAUACUUAAUAACUGAACUCAGCACCCUAGUUUUAUGUUAUGCUAUUAGGAUUUUCUUGAUAAAAGUUAUUCCCCUUGUCUCCAACCCUACCCAUAUUUCUCUUCAUGACUUCUGGAUCUUGAGCCCCCUUUGCAGUCUGAAGAAGGUAUUAUAGUCAGAACUAUGUACUGGUGAUAAAAAAGCCUCUGGUAGCAAUAAAAGGUUGUCCUUAAUCUUUUUGUCUAAUUUUUAUUUUUCUAUUUGUGGAGAGAUACAGUUUCCUGAUUGUCAUUUCAACUAAGGAAAAUAAUAGAAAGUCUAAGAAUAUGCUAACUAAAAAAAUGUGACUGAAGGAUGUAGGUUCUAGACAGAAGGGAUUCCCUUUAUAGCAUUUUCUCACUUGGUGGGCUUACAGAUCUGUAAACAAAUUCUCACCUUUUUUUUCUUUUUCUGGCGGUACUGGGUUUUGAACUCAGGGCCUCAUGCUUGCUAGGCAAGAACUCAUUACUUAAGCCACUCCACCAGCCCCAACAAAAUCUCAUCUUAAUGGGACUGUGAGGGUAGGCUCAGACCUGUAUCCAGGUAAUGUCAUUUUUAGCCCACUGAUUGUGUUCAAACUUAGCAGAGCAAGAGUAUUCUCAGGUCAGCAUUUGACCUGUGGAAAUUCUUGUAAAUGGGGUGACUACCUGUUUUAUGACCUUGAAGUCAAGUAAAUAGAGUGGGGGGAGAGGUAAAGAAUGAAAGGAACUGUUUGCAUAGAUAGCAAGGGAUUGGCUUUAGAGAUCCAUAUUUUUUAAAAUCCCGUAUCCUGAUUUUCACCUGACUUCAUUUCUUACUUUAGGAGCAUUAAGAAUUAUAGGAAGUUUACAACAUUCCCCACCCCUCCUCCACAAAACACACACACUUCACUGAUGAGGACAUAGUAUGUUUGAAAGCUAGGGAUAAAAUUGAGUCUAGAGCCAGAAUAUUUAAUUCGUAAUCCAGUAGUUACAAACUGAUCAUCUGCUUGAUCUUAAAGUUUUCUAAUGUUAAAGGAAAGUUAAGCCCAUGCUAAAGUGUACCUAUAGUCCUGCUACCCAGGAGGCUAAGGCUAGAGGAUCACUUGGGCCCAGGGGUUCAAAUCCAGCCUGAAUGACAUAAACAUUUCAAAAAAAGUAGAUGGCAAAUCAAUUUGGAACACUGUUUUCAUAGGACACUGAAUCGGGUGGAUGAUGCUUACUUAGACUGCUACCUGACCUGCCUCAAAACUCAUGUAACUUAUAUUCCAAGUCUCGUAGCACUUGACACAUGCCCUUCUUGGGUUCCCAUUUAGUACCUCCUUCCUUGGCACACUUGUAGAUACCUCAUGCCUCUUCCUUGUGACUUACUGUGGUCUCAGAAUUUUGGCUUGAGACACAAAUAGCAGAUACUAAAUAAUGUAGAACUGUUCAUUAAAGAUAAUCCUACUGGGUCCCAGAAGCUGUGGCUCAAAGAGUAGAGCAUCUGCCUAGCCAGUGUGAGCCCUCAGUUCAAGCCCCAGUAGCACCAAAUAUAUUUAUUAUACACUCUUGGUAUUUGGGCUAAAACUUCUUAGCCUGCCCCAAAUUAUUUGGGUUAAAUCUUGCUAUCAUAAACUCUUAAGAUUGAGACUGGAGCUUUAUGUAUUGUUUGGUGCCUCCUAGUUGUUGAGACCUAUCAUUCCCCAGAAAGGCAAGAGAAUAAAUUUAGUAGGCAUAUUUAUCCUCUAAUCCAAAAGAGACAUGGAUGUAGUCCUAGGAGAAGCUAUGGCCUUUGUUCUCUGAUACCAAGUUGGUUACCUGUGGAGAACUGAAAUGUUUUCUCCACACACACGAUUGUCUUAGUGUGGCUGGAGAGCUGGGAAGUGGUGCUCCCAAACACCAAUAAAGGGUUGGAUAUAACGGAUUUAGUAGGAAUGUGCCUUUGGCUCUGAGGAAUAGUUUUUUACUCACCCAAACUGGCGAUAACGUGCUUCGUUCUAAGAAGCACUAUUUCCAUGUUAGCGUCAGCCACUUUAUGUAUUCUGUACAUACCCGUGUUGUCAAGCUUCCCAAUUUAUUCACUCCCGAGUCCCUGAAGCAAGGUUUGAGCACUUACUGCCCAAAGCUAAGGUACUGAUGCUCAGCCAGCAUGGUGGAGAGCCUAACCAUCCUUAAAGUAGCUUGUGCAUUCUCAACUGGAAAGGGAAGACCCUGUGUCAAAUGUCCCCCCCAUCAUUCUGAGAGAAGCAUCUACAGUUUACAUUAGCAAGUUGAGGGUGAGUUGUUCAAAGCCAUAUAGCUAACAAUUUUGAGCAAAGUUCAACUUCUAAGUCAUCUCAAACCUUUAUUGUACCUAACAUGAAGUUUUGUUACCUCUAGGCCUCCAAAAUUCUUGACAUUGGUGUCUCAACCAUGUUCAUAAGAGACUCUCCUACAGCCAUUUAAAAAAAAAAAAAAAGUUUUGAGCUUUGGCCACUAGAUGGUGCUUCCAGGAAAAGACUAAAAACUUUUUUAAUUCCUGGAAGAAACUGAGACAUUUGGGCUUACUAUGUGAUUAGGAGCAGUUGGACAUCCAUCUUGUUAUUAAGCCCCAAUACAGCAUCAUCUUUUGUGGCUACAACUUCAAAUCACUGAAGAUACUGGUGGCCUGUGUAUGUGAGACUGGGAGAAUUUUAGCAAAAUUGCUCAUGGGAAGGGGCAGGCUGUGGCUAGAUGCCAAGUCUCAGCCCCCCCACCCAAAAAAAGUCCAGCCAUUUUACACAUUAGCAACCUAAUUUGUGAGUUGUGUGCAGUCCUAUAAAGUAGCUUAGGAACACAGUUGAGAAGGCAUGAAAACAGCCAAUCACUAGGACAGAAAAGAUGAAGCACACAGCCUGCCUUUUAGCACAGCUUCCAUCAAGGAACUCAAACUGAAUGCUCUUUCUCUCCAGAUGGAUGAGUUUAGUGGGUUUUGGAUUUAUUAAUGUGUUAAGACCCAGGUGUGGGACUGAGACAUAACUCCCCCUUGUGCCAUAUCUCAGUCACCAAGAAUGUCUUAUCAGCUAUAGGAACGAGCUCACAACCCUAGUUUUUUUCUGAGUUAAGGGUGAAAUGAGAACUCUCCCUUAUCUUGUAACCUUCAUAGCAUAUCAAAUACCAGAACUAUUGUAUUAACACACAACAGUUAAGGCAGUAAAAGAAAAAAAAAAUGAAUAGCUCUAGGCGUGGUGAAUUGAUUUCCCAGUUCCUGGAAACAGUUCAGAACAACCAGGAAAUGUGAUUGGUGCUGAAUGGGACACUUUCACUAUUCAGAAAUGACCUACCUUCAGUGGACAAGUUAGCAUAGAAAGGGCUUACCUUUUCCUUUACUCUAAAAAUCUCCUGUGCAAAUAAUAGUGUGCUUAAUCCCCAGUGUAGGCUUGGUGCAUUAUACACAGUAAAAUAACAUUUGGAAAGGUGGGGUUAGAAGCAAAGAGAGCUAUAUCUGCACCUCUCAGAUUUUUGUAAAAGCAUUGUGCAGAAAAUGCACAAUGGAAUUUUUAUGGAAUACUACUCCACUCUCCCUUACACACACAUGCUCAUUUGUUCUUUUGUGGGACAGCAGCCAACCUCAUUAUAAUAGCCUCUGCUUCUCCUCAUCUUACUGCCACAAUUUUGGAAGUUUCCAGUAGACUGAAAGACUGUUAAGCUCAUGGCACUGCAAAUGAUUUAAUGCAGAUGUGGAAUCUUUUGUACCUCACACGAUGUUCUGCUAACAACCAGAAGGACUACACUUAUAUACAGCUACAGCUACUCAUAGGGGAGAGCAAGGCUGAAGAGGGAAGUGAAUGGAUACGGAGCUCACAGUUCUCUCAUGUUAACACACGUUCAACCCCUUCACCAGUCCUGGGUAUUGAGUUUCUUGAUCUGAAAGCUAGAUGGCUCACACCAGCAAUUCUGCUAUUGGGGAGGCAGAGAUCAGGUAGACCACAGCUCGAGGCCAGUCAGGCAAAAAGUUCUUGAAAUCCCAUCUCAACCAAUGAAAAGCUGGACAUGGUGAUGCACGUGGUAAGUGUAAAUAGGAUUGCAAUUCAGGCCCAGAAAACCCUAUUCGGAAAAAUAACUAAAGCAAAAAAGGCUGAGGGCAUAGCUCAAAUGACAGAGCAUCUGCCUAGCAAGCCCAAGGCCCCAUUAAUCUUCAGGAUGGAAGGGUAAGGAAGUCUUCUCCAAAGGUCUGACCAGUCAGAAUUAGGUGCUUAGCCGCUUGGACAUCCAGUACGGUCUGUGCCAGUGGUAGACAAAAACCUUGAUUAAGGAAGUUUGCUAAGAUGUGUACUGUUGAUUGCUCAAGUGUAUUGGCAUGAAGACCUGUUUUCAUUUGUUCCAGCACUUUGGUUCAGAAGGUUGAAUCUCUCCUUCAUAUGCUAAUCUCAGAGAGACCACUAGACUACACUUGUAGAAGGCAGAUCCUGUAUCUGAAAUCAAAUAAUAUUCUCUUAAGAUUGAAUGACACAUAAAAAGAAUGUUGUCAGCAGAAACAGGUUCUGAUGGCUCACUUCUCUCUGCUUUUCAACACUCUAGCUUGAGAUAAACCAGUAACUCGUUACCACUGAUAAUCAUUUUAGCUGGUAAGCCAGGAGAACUCAAACCUACCAGCUUUGUGAACACUCAGGAAAAGGAACCACCUGAGGUACGAUGCCAGAUCAAUGGCACUCUGUCUUAGAAGUGAGAUGGCAGAGCACUAGCCAGUGGUGUCCACAGCCAGCUUCCCUGAGAGCUCUGAUCCCCAUGGCAGUUUAAUCAGAAAAGGGAACAGCAACAUCAAACCACACAUUUAGAAAAAAUAGUACCCUUGCUGGUGCCGGUGACUCACACCUGUAAUCCUAGCUACUCAGGAGGCAGAGAUCAGGAGAAUCAUGUUUCCAAGCCAGCCCAGGCAAAUAGUUCCACA